GUUCUACUUCUUUCUCAAAUAUUCAAGAAAUUCACAAUUCCUGCAUUUUCUUGUUCCUUAAAAUUAUAUACUGAAAAUUCUAUUAAGGAACAUUUUGUGUUUUCCAAAUUAAUUGCCGUCCAAAUUGUUUGAAUUUUACUAUAUAACAUCUUUUUUUUCUUUCUACUUUUCCAUCAAUCUUAAGAUCAUUAAAUAUAUUAAAUUAAUUAAACAAAAUGGAGUUUAAUUUGAUUAUUGCUACUCUUCUUGGAAUUUUCCUCUUUCAUGGAUUUUGUACUUCCGAAAAAGCUCCAAAUUACUCAUUUAUGCGCCAAGCAACUACAGCACCGGAGAUAUCACAUUACGAUUACAUAAUCAUCGGCGGCGGCACCGCUGGCUGCCCAUUAGCCGCCACGCUCUCUCAGAACUACGACGUACUUCUACUAGAGCGCGGUGGUUCACCUUACGGAAAUCCUAAUAUCACAUAUUUAUCGGCAUUCGGAUCUGCACUUUCCGAUCUCUCACCGAAAUCGCCAUCUCAGCGAUUCAUCUCCGAGGACGGUGUAAUCAACGCGCGUGCACGCGUUUUGGGCGGCGGAAGUUGUUUAAACGCCGGAUUUUACUCACGCGCCGGCACAAAGUAUGUGAGCAGCGUUGGAUGGGACGGACAACUCGUGAACGAAUCGUAUGUUUGGGUGGAAAAUAAAGUGGCGUUUCAGCCGCCGGUGAGGCAGUGGCAGUCCGCCGUGCGCGACGGUCUUGUGGAGUCAGGGGUGGUGCCGUACAAUGGAUUUACGUACGAUCAUAUUAAUGGAACUAAAAUUGGGGGCACGAUUUUCGAUGCCGCCGGCCGUCGGCACACGGCUGCCGAUCUACUUGAGUAUGCUAAACCUAGUGGAAUUACACUACUUUUGCAUGCUACCGUUCACAAAAUCAUAUUCCAAACUAGAGGAUUAUCAAGACCAAAAGCUCAUGGUGUAAUAUUUAGAGAUGCAUUAGGAAAAAAACACACAGCAUAUUUAAGAAGAGGAGAAAUGAAUGAAGUAAUAGUAUCAUCUGGGGCACUUGGAAGCCCACAAAUGUUAAUGUUAAGUGGUGUAGGCCCAUCAGAACACUUAAAGGCCCAUAACAUUACAGUUGUAUUGGAUCAGCCCAAUGUUGGACAAAACAUGAUGGAUAAUCCAAUGAAUGCAAUAUUUGUGCCAUCACCUUUACCUGUUGAAGUUUCUCUUAUACAAGUUGUGGGUAUUACAAGAUUUGGAACUUAUAUUGAAGCUGCCUCCGGCGAGAAUUUCUCCGGUUAUCGUUCUAGUCGGAGUGAUUAUGGAAUGUUCUCCCCGAAGAUUGGUCAGCUAUCAACAGUGCCACCAAAGCAAAGAACACCAGAAGCCUUAGAAAAGGCUAUAAAUUCAAUGAAUGCACUAGAUGCAGCAGCAUUUAGAGGAGGAUUCAUAUUAGAAAAAAUAAUGGGCCCAAUAUCCACUGGACAUUUGGAGCUCCGAACCCGGAACCCGAAUGACAACCCAUCAGUAACAUUUAAUUAUUUCAAAGAGCCAGAAGAUUUACAAAGAUGUGUAGAUGGACUCAAAAUUAUAGAAAAUAUAAUUGAGUCAAAAUCAUUUUCACAAUUCAGAUAUGACUCAAUUUCAUUGCCAGCAUUACUUAAUUUGACUGCAAGUGCUCCAGUCAAUUUAUUGCCUAAACAUGACAAUAUUUCAGUCUCAUUGGAACAAUUCUGUAAAGAUACUGUUAUGACAAUUUGGCAUUAUCAUGGAGGGUGUCAAGUUGGCAAUGUUGUUGAUCAAGAUUAUAAGGUUAUUGGUAUUGAUAAUUUGAGGGUUAUUGAUGGUUCAACUUUUAAUUAUUCUCCUGGUACUAAUCCUCAAGCCACUGUCAUGAUGCUUGGAAGGUAUAUGGGAGUAAGGAUAGUGAAUGAGAGACUUGCUAAAGAGGAGUCAAAUUAAUUGAUAAUAAAUUCGUUUCUUCUUCUUUUGUUAUCUUUUGUUUAUGAAUGAGAGUGGAUUAAUUAAGAAUAUAUAAUACGAUGUAAAAAAUUGAGUUCAUUCUCUGUAAUAAUAAUCCCCAUAAUUUCAGUAACAAUAUGUUUUAAGCUUAAUUAUUGAUCUGGUGAAUAAUUCUGAA